UCAGCGAGCGUGCGCACUCGCAGACUUGCCUGGACAAACAUGGCGACCUCCACCGGCGGAUUGUCAGCUUUGGACGGCGGAGAAAUGAUGCGCUACGCGGAGUACAGCCCGAAAGGGAGCUCGAGGAGCGACGCGGAGAUCGACCGGCGGCUGGGUGGUACGCUGAUUGCAGUCGGCCUUGGGGUGGCUGCUGCAGGUUUUGCAGGUCGCUACGCCUUCCAGCUGUGGAAGCCCCUUGGCCAGAUGUUCUCGGAAACGGUGCGCAAGAUGCCGACAUCUGCAUUCUCGUCGUACUACAAAGGAGGCUUCGAGCAGAAGAUGUCCAAGCGGGAGGCCAGCCUCGUCCUUGGCAUCAGUCCA